GUGAGAAACUGGUUUUGCCGGUUCCCGUUCACAUGAAAAGUGUUUUGAACCAGAGAGCUCGGCGAACACUGAUUUUGGACUUUUUUCUUACCGUUCUAAUGGAUUUUUUUCUUGAACAGGUGAUCGAUGUGAAACAUUGAAGGCUUCCUGCUUUUCGUCUUCUGAAACUGAUUAAGGAUUCCUUCAAGAAUGCAUCAUAUUCUGCAAUAUUUUGUGGUCAAAUCAUAAUUCAGCUAGCAGGAGAGUACACUUUUUAUGCAUAAAGUGCAAUAUUGGGUACAAAGUGACACGAAGUUGAGGUUCCCGUUUGUAUUUUCACAACUAGAGUUGUCUCAUUGGCAUGGAAAUAGCCAAUAGAGACAAUAUCAGUAAACCUUCUAUUCGAUUCUGCAACUGUUAUAAAGUCGCAGGUCUUACUGAAACUAUCUUAGACACUGUUCGAGUGUCGAAUCUAAAGGAUCGCUAUGUUCUUGGAGAUCAAUUAGGAUGGGGACAAUUUGGUGUGAUUAGAGAAUGCUCAGAUAAGUUUACUGGAGAAGUACUAGCCUGCAAAUCUAUUUCUAAAGAUAGGUUGGUCACAAUUGAUGAUGUGCGCAAUGUAAAGCUUGAGAUUGAAAUAAUGACUAGGUUGUCUGGGCAUCCAAAUGUUGUGGACCUCAAGGCAGUUUAUGAGGAGGAAGAUUAUGUGCAUCUUCUGAUGGAGUUGUGUGCAGGAGGGGAGCUUUUUCACCGGCUUGAAAAAUAUGGAAGGUUUUCUGAGUUUGAGGCUCGGAUUCUUUUCAGGCAUUUGAUGGAAGUGGUUAAGUUUUGUCAUGAUAAUGGCAUUGUUCAUAGGGAUUUGAAACCGGAAAAUAUUCUCUUGGCCACAAGGUCCUCAUCGUCUCCAAUUAAGCUUGCAGAUUUUGGUCUUGCAACCUAUAUAAACUCAGGGCAAAAAUUAUAUGGGACUGUUGGAAGCCCAUUUUACAUUGCUCCUGAGGUACUGGCCGGGGGUUACAAUCAAGCUGCUGAUGUAUGGAGUGCAGGGGUUAUUUUAUAUAUUCUUCUAAGUGCCAUGCCUCCUUUUUGGGGUAAGACAAAGUCAAAGAUUUUUGAUGCUGUUAGGGCUGCGGAUCUAAGAUUCUGUUCUGACACUUGGGAUCAAGUAUCUACAUCUGCAAGGGACUUAAUUAGAGGGAUGCUAUGUGUAGAUCCCUCCAAAAGGUUCACUGCUGAAGAGGUUCUAGCUCACUCCUGGCUGGAGGAUUGCUCAGAAGUUGCUCAAGAACUGGGAAAGCAAGAAGGCCUUGACCAUAGACAGCUGGAAGCGGGUGGAGGUUCUUUCUCUACUCCAUAUGUUGCCAGGACUCAGGACUAUAGCUUCAGUAAUGGCCAGUUGACAGUAUCCCCAGCAUUCACAUGCAAAUCGACAUUUUCCUCACUCGUAGUUGACAAUUGUACUCCUUGCUCUGUAUUUGAAGGUUUUUCUUUUACUAGCUGCCGAGAAUCAAGCAUGGGAGAUUUCUCAUCCCUGGUUCCAUCAAUGCCAAGUUUUACCUUCUUCAGUCCAUGUUCUGCAGUUGAGGAAGGAACUUCAGUUCUCGAGACUCAGGCCAAACUGUCAAAAACGGAAGAAAAACACAAAGCUCUUUGUUUCCAAAUUGAAACAGAAUCAAACUUGGGGAAGCUAUUUGUUUUGCCGGAUUUUUCACUUCCUCUUAAGCGUGAGAUCGGAGAAACAGAGCAGAAGUUGGAGAUUCGGAGAGGAGGAAUAAAUAGUUCUAGGAUUUCAGGCAUCCACAGCAAAAGGAACCACACAAUUGGACUUGGUGAGCUUGAUCAGCUUGAUGUUAUAGUGACUGAAUCAGUUAUCAGGUGGGCAUCGUGCACACACAUCCCAACUGCUCCAUCUCUUAGAUUAUCACUUGUCUGCUAGAAGGACGAAUAUGUUAUCUGUACUCUGCAAAGACUCGGAGGGAAGUACUGCUUUAACUCAAACUGACAAAGGAUGUGGAUUGGAACACCAUGGCUUUAUGCAGCAAUUGAUCAAGGAAUUUAAAUAUGUGAAUUGCAGGGCCUGUUUUGGCUUCAUUCUUGUGGUAGUUAAUGGUGGUUGAGUGAUGAUAUUUUUUUUUGUUUUGGAAAUAAUUGAGAACUGUAAGUAGAAGGAAUGUAUAAUGAGAUAGCUAGGAUUCAAUACCUUCAUAUCCAUAGUUUCUAACAUUUACGGCUGAAAAUGGUGAUAAAAAAAUCGUGCUUUUUUCCUGUA